AUGCCUCUUGAAUUCGAAAUAGAUAGCUGGAUCCAGAAGAUCGAUCCCUCCUCCAAACCUAUCGCACGAAAAGAAGAGGCCAACCAGGAGCCCUUUCUGAAACGCCGACGCGUCAAUACCGUUACCACAGACGCGUCGCAAAAUGAGACAAGCAUGCAUUACGAAAGGAGUCUCAAUUCCUCAAAGCGCUCUCGAAGUGACGAUUUGGAAACACCGCGCCCGACAAGGCGAACCAUAACACCGAGAAGCGAGUCUGGUACCUCGUUGCCCUUCACACAAUCAGGUACCUCACAACAAUCGGAAAUCUCUUCACGUACCGAGCAAUUGAGCAUCCUUCAACUUCACAAGAAAAGCGUCGUGGCCAAACAACUGAGUACCUUCCACGAUAAGCCUGCGACAUUGGAAAUUCUCUUGGACAAAAUCGAUCUCGUUUCUUCAGGAAUUGGCAUCUUGCCAACUUCUCACGCUCCGCUAUUUAGUAAUCUCGACAAGGAGAUUUAUAACGAUUUCAAAUGGACGCAAAAGCCGGUCUUCAGCAACUUCCUUUUCUCAAACGACCGUGAUGAGGUUGGCCAAACACCUCUACCUGAGACUAUUCAGUGGAUCCUUCACGAGGCAGCUUUUUGUGACAGUAAAGGCUGCUCUGAGAAAGAUUGGAAUACUGAAGUCCACCAUCGGGUCCUUGCAGCUGCAUUGAGACCGUUACACGGCCCGCGAAGAGACCAACUAUUCGACUUCAGACUAAGUGCAUCCGCUUCUGUCAUCCCUGAGUACCAUGUCACGUCAGCAUCUAAGGGAGCUGACUUUUGUAUGUACAUCGACCCCAAGCAGGAUGUAAGUCCUGAAGUGGUGGAGAUCAUCGGGACUAUCAAACAAAGUCUACCGAUGGGCGUCUUCAACCACGCUAAUCUGGGCCCUCUCUCGGACAAUCCCAUUGCUGUUGGUAUCGAGACCAAGAAGACUACCGGUGAAGGCUGGGAAAACGCCAAGCUCCAGAUGGAAGUCUGGAUGGCGUCGCAUUGGCAGUUCCUACGUAAACUUCUUGAAAAGCGACAAUGCGCAGCAGAAAGGCUGUCUACAAUGAGGUCAAGAGCAGGUGAAAUGAGUUUCUGCUCCGACAAGAUUUGGGAUCUACCAGAAUUCAUACCGGGCAUUAUCAUACAAGGCCACGAUUGGUAUCUAAUUGUCACAACAGCAGAAGGAGAAAAGACAAUAUUCUGGCAGAAAAAGACACUUGGGGAUACAUCAAGUUCAAGAGGGAUUUAUCAGAUUAUCUAUAAUUUGCAGCUAUUGCGGCAGUGGGCCCAAGAGGACUACUGGAAGUGGCUGAAGGAUGUCUUGCUCGAGUGGCCUCAGUCUGAAGGAGAAUUGGUUUUUUAA